AUAAAAGGUCCUUAUCGUAAUUGACACGUUUCCGAGAUAAAUGACGUCAAAGUCAAAUGAUGACGUAUCAAUAUGGCCGCGCCCAGAUGUUGACAUGCAUCAAGGUUAAACGGAAGGAAAAACAGAAUAAUGGAUACAUUUGAGGAAUUGGAUGACUUGCUUUCGGUGUUUGGGUUAGGCGAACCACCCACACAUGCCUCACAAGAUCAGUCUUCCGGUAGAACAUCGCCGACUUUUGCUACUGAAACCUCACUAGAAGAGCGUGUUAACCGUUUCUUUAUAGCAGUGGCGGUUACAGAAGAGGCUUGCCAAGCAGACGACACAGAGGAUCAACAUGACGACCAUGUCCCUGUGACCAAUGAAUAUGAUCCUCAGAGUGAUAUAGAUGACGUCUCAACUAAAAUAAACACAGGUUGUCCUUGCAAAAGGAAUUGUUAUCUGAACUUUACUGUGGACCGAAUUCAGACGCAUAUUCUUAGCCUACGAGAGAUGUCCAAGAAUGAAAAAGAAAUGCUUCUAAUGGGGACAUUAAAACGGGUAGGUGACAAUUCCAGAUGUAAAAAUAAAGAAAGAACGCGACAAAGAUAUGACUAUUAUUUCGAUGGCAAAAAGAUCUGUCAAGAAGCAUUUUCAUUUAUAUUUGACACUAAACAUAAGACCCUAAGAAACAUUUUGGCACACAUGAAAGAACAUGGAACGGAACCGCGCGUUCAUGGUCACACAGGCAGACGAGCACCAAAUGCGUUUGCGCCAGACGUAAUUAGAAAUGCAAUCCAAUUUCUAAUCAACUACGCAAGUGAAGUCGGCCUUCCCCAGCCGGCAGCUCCCAGAGGUCGCAGUGAUGAACCUCCAAUAUAUUUGCCGUCGUCGGACACAAAGCUUUCAAUCCAUCAACAGUACAAAGAGGUGUGCAUAGAGAAUGACAAACUAUACGUUGGUUUAACAACAUUCAAAGACCUGUGGUCAACAUGUGUUCCGCAUAUAAAGAUAAGUUCACCAAUAGAAGAUGUGUGUCGCACUUGCGAAGAUUUUAGACAAGAAAUUAAACUUGCUAUGAGUGAAGAUGAUAAGUUGUCGGCGACAGGAAGAUAUCAAUCACAUAUUCUACAAGCUAGAAAGGAGAGGGAUGUGUACAAGAAAUGUGUAGAAAGGUCAGCUGAAAUGUUUAGGAAAAAACAAGAACUUGAUCCAUCUGCGGGAGACAAUUUUUCAAUGGACGAUAUACAUUAUACAUUUGACUUUUCCCAGUACGUCAAAUUGCCACAUCACUCCAGAGAAAAGGGGCCGACAUAUUUUAUUCAGCCCGUCAAGGUACAGAUAUUUGGUUUCCGGGUAGAUGGUUGCUGUCAGUACAACUACCUAAUCAGUGAGAACGAAACAUUAGGUCGUGAUGGACAGCUGGCUCACGGACCAGAUUCAGUUAUUUCCAUGUUAGACCAUGCGUUCCAUUCAUACGGAUCUGGUGAGAACGACUGUAGCAUUCAUGCUGACAAUUGUUUCGGUAAGUCAAAACAAGAAUCGUUACGUUCUGGCGUAUUUUGCCUGGAGAAUCAUGGUUGGAAAACACAGAAAUAUUACAUACAUGAUGCAGAUUCCCGGACAUACUCGGUGCUUGAUUGAUGCGGGAUUUGGAAACAUUAAAAAGUUAUACCGGAGAACAGACUGUGACACACCGCAACAUAUAGCUGAAGUAGUUGGAAAGUCGUCAGUCAGCAACUUUCCUGUAACUUAUGGUGCAGACGGAUGGAUAUGG